AUGGCGAUGUGGAAUCCAGAGGAAAAUGGUCUCCGGCAGAUUUUACAGUUGUUGAAAGAAUCUCAGUCUCCAGAUACAGAAACUCAACGAGCCGUUCAGCAGAAACUAAGCGAGCUCAAUAAUUAUCCAGACUUCAACAACUACCUGAUAUUUGUCCUGACAAAACUGAAGUCAGAAGAUGACCCGACACGCUCACUGAGUGGCCUGAUUUUAAAGAACAACGUCCGGGCACAUUUUGAAAGGUUUCCACCCGAAGUGACCAAUUUUAUCAAGCAAGAAUGUCUGAACAGCAUUGGGGAUCCAUCUCCGCUCAUCAGAGCUACGAUUGGUAUCAUCAUCACAAACAUAAUCUCCAAGGGAGAACUGCACAACUGGCCAGAAGUUCUGCCACAUCUCUGUGCAUGCCUCGACUCCGAGGACUACAACACAUGUGAGGGAGCUUUUGGGGCUCUGCAGAAAAUUUGCGAAGACAAUGCAGAGACACUUGAUAGUGAUAUGGCGGAAAGACCACUGAAUGUUCUCAUUCCAAAGUUCUUAAACUUCUUCCGACAUCAGAGUCCAAAAAUACGGUCUCAUGCCAUUGCCUGUGUAAACCAGUUCAUCAUCAGCAGAACUCAGGCGCUCAUGAUUCACAUCGAUACUUUUAUUCAGAAUCUGUUCUUCCUGGCGGAAGAUAAAGACACAGAAGUGAGAAAGAAUGUUUGCCGGGCAUUGGUCAUGUUGGUGGAGGUCAGGAUUGACCGUCUGAUGCCUCAUAUUGAUCAGAUCAUUCAGUACAUGAUGGAGAGAACACAAGAUCCUGACGACACUGUGGCUCUGGAAUCUUGUGAAUUUUGGUUGUCGCUGGCAGAGCAGAAAGUCUGCAAGGAAGUGCUGAGUGCUCACAUCGACCGCCUGGUCCCAAUUCUGGUUAAAGGCAUGAGAUACUCGGAGAUUGACAUCAUUCUUUUGAAGGGAGAUGUAGAAGAGGAUGAGAUGAUACCGGAUAAAGAGUCUGACAUCAAGCCCAGGUUCCACAAGUCUAGGACUCACUCCAAUCAGAAACACGACGAUGGCGAGGAAGGGGAUGCAGAUGAAGGGUAUGAUGAUGAUGACUCUCUGUCUGACUGGAAUCUCAGAAAGUGUUCGGCUGCUGCUCUGGAUGUUCUAGCUAACGUUUUCCACGAAGAGAUCCUGCCCGUGCUGCUUCCCAUCCUGAAGGAGACAUUGUUUCACAUUGACUGGGAAGUCAAGGAGUCUGGGAUUUUGGUGCUGGGCGCGAUUGCUGAAGGCUGUAUGAGUGGGAUGAUCCCUCAUCUUCCUGAGUUGAUACCGUACCUCAUCAGCUGUCUGUCUGACAAGAAGGCUCUGGUCAGGUCUAUCACCUGCUGGACACUCAGUCGUUAUGCCCACUGGGUUGUCGGCCAGCCCCAUGACAACUUCCUCAAGCCUCUGAUGACCGAGCUGCUGAAACGGGUCUUAGAUGCCAACAAGAGAGUGCAGGAAGCUGCUUGCUCAGCCUUCGCCACCCUGGAAGAGGAGGCCUGUACUGAACUGGUUCCUUACUUAGGCUUCAUUCUGGAGACAUUGGUGUUUGCAUUUGGAAAGUAUCAGCACAAGAACCUGCUCAUCUUGUAUGAUGCUAUUGGAACACUAGCGGACUCUGUUGGCCACCAUUUGAACAAACCGGAGUAUGUGAACUUGCUGAUGCCACCCCUCAUCCAGAAGUGGAACAUGUUGAAAGAUGAAGAUAAAGAUUUAUUCCCCUUGUUGGAGUGCUUGUCCAGUGUUGCCACAGCCCUCCAGUCAGGAUUUCUGCCCUACUGUGAGCCAGUCUAUCAGCGAUGUGUCUGCCUCGUAGAGCAGACUUUGACCCAGAAUUACGCUAACCUGUCCCAACCUGACCAGUAUGAUCCCCCAGACAAAGACUUCAUGAUUGUGGCUCUGGACCUGCUCUCUGGGCUGGCUGAAGGCCUUGAGGGACAUAUUGAAGGCCUGGUGGCUAACAGUGCCAUCCUCAAGUUGCUCUUUCAGUGCAUGCAGGACCCAAUGCCAGAAGUACGGCAGAGCUCUUUUGCUCUUCUCGGAGAUCUCACAAAGGCUUGUUUCCAGCAUGUGCGCCCCUGUAUCUCUGACUUUAUGCCUAUCCUGGGAGCUAACUUAAAUCCAGAAUUCAUUUCGGUGUGCAAUAAUGCAACGUGGGCCAUCGGAGAAAUCUCUAUCAAAAUGGGAGCUGAUAUGCAGCCGUUUGUUGGCAUGGUCCUGACUCAGCUAAUCGAUAUAAUCAACAGAUCCAACACCCCAAAAACCUUGCUGGAAAACACAGCCAUUACUAUUGGGAGACUGGGCUUAGUAUGCCCCCAAGACGUGGCCCCACUUUUACAACAGUUUAUCAGGCAAUGGUGCACGUCACUCCGAAACAUUCGAGACAACGAAGAGAAAGAUUCAGCUUUCCGUGGCGUCUGUCUGAUGAUCGGAGCUAACCCCUCUGGCGUGGUGCAGGACUUUAUCUUCUUCUGUGAUGCCGUAGCUUCUUGGAUGCAUCCCAAACAAGACUUAAAGGAAAUGUUUUACAAAAUCUUACACGGUUUCAAGACACAAGUUGGUGAGGAGAAUUGGUCCAAAUUCUCUGACCAGUUCCCACAACCACUGCGAGAACGCCUCACAGUGAACUACGGGGUCUGA